CCAUGGAGAUUAUCAGAGGUAGUUUAGAGGAUAUUUCCAGACCUGCAUCGAGUGAGCAAACUGGUAGCCGUGUGUCGAGCGUGUCAUUGCCUCAUAGUGACAGACUUUGUCCUACAACUCCAUUUUCCCUUGUGGUUUUGACCAACGAUGCUGCUGAUUUUCAGGGCCAAAGCAGCUCUGAAGAAACUAUAAUCAACUCCUCAACCUUUUGUCCUGACAAAGGUCAGUGUGAUGUUGAAAUAACUGACGAAGAGAAGGAAGAUGCUAAACUACAGAGGGCCAUUGAGGAAAUGAGAAGACUUGAUGAAAUACUGUCUGCAAAGAUCUGCAGAGAAAAAGAAGUCAGGCGUCAAAGGAAAGAACUUAAAGCAAAACUCUGGCAAGAGCUACUGCAGAAUAAGCCCGAAGGUCGCUCUGAAUGUCCUCAUGAAGCUGUGAACACAAGAUUGUUUUUGGCUCUGGAAGCACCCACUGGGCUUGAAGAGGAGGACGACUUUGUGCCAGUGUUUAAAACUCAGGUUUCUGACUGUGAGCAGGACAGAGACAGGCAACAUGGGGGGCUAAGUGAAAAGAGGCCAGACAGCACGAUAGAAUCAUUUGAAGCAGGCCGUGAGGAGACAGGGGAAGAGCAAUUUGAAGGCAGCCGCUAUGGAGCUUCCGAAGGCAAGAAAAAACAGAGGGACUUUGUCAAGAGAAACAUUGAGCUGGUAAGUGGUGAGGGUGGCCAAGUGCUUUUGACCCAGGCGGAGAAAGAGCGUCUGGCCGAGCUCCUCCAAGAAAUAGACGAAGAGGAAGAGGACAGUGCCAGAGGCGCAGACAGUGAGGAGGACAUGUGGGCUGUGUCAGUCCUGACAGGCCAGGGUUACACCCCGCAACCCUCUGACCUGGAGCAGUUGAUUGACAUUGACUCCAAAAUUCGCCUUCUCCUUCCUGUUGAAGAAUCUCUCUCUGUGCAAAGCUCCUACACAAAUGUAAGCUUGUCUCAGGGCCGUGGCUCCGAGGUUAUUGGCUGGAAGUGUGAUGGGGACCCGCAGCCAGGAGAGAAGGUCCUGCAGGAUAUAAAGGAGAGGAGAGGGCAGGAGAGGCGGCUCCAAGAGAUCCAACAGCAGCUGGAGAUGCUGGGCCAGGGCCAAGAGAUGACUAAUGAGUCACCAGAUCUCACUGAGGAGCAGUUACUUAUCCUGCUGGAUGAAUGUGAGCAGACAGAGAUGGAGCCAGGACCUUGAGAUGAAUGACACAACUCCAUGUGACUGUAAAGAACAGACAGAUGAACCCGAACUAUCCGAGGCCCUGCUAUCAGAAUGUCUAUAAAAAGAUGCAUCACUGCUUGGAUGUCACAAGCAGACUACUAGGGGGGUUUUAAGAGACAAAAUCCUGAGUAAUGCAGUAUUCAGGAUGCACUCUGUAAGGGUUGCAGAUUUAUGGUUACAAUUGGUUACAAUCUGCAACCUCACUGCUAGAAGCCACUAAAUCGUACACACCAGUCCUUUAACACAAUGUGUCAAUAUUGGGAAAAAAAUUUCUUUGUAGUUCUAACACUUGAUUAAUGGUGAAACUGGGGGUGAAAACUGUUAUUUGUAUUCUAAUUGCCCUCCAUGUUUUUAAUAUGCAGCUGGAUUGCAUCCCAUUGUUUUUAUUUGUGUUUAUGGCCCUGCAUGAGGAAACAGAGCAGCAGGGCCACCUUUUGUAUUAACAUAAGUAUCAUAGAUGAGAACAGAAAAUUGCUGUCAUUAAAUGUAAUAACUGGGUACAGUGGCCACAGAAUGUUCUACUGCACACAAACACACUCAGCCGAUAGCAAUGUGUCUUUGGGGUGAAGUCUGCACGCUGUUAUGUAUCAACAGUAAGCCUCCUAUGAAAUACAGAAUGUCUGUGUUAGUGAUGUGUGGUCAGAUGCCUAGUGUGGCUGUUGAGGACAGGGGGAUGAUGUGUACUCCACAGGAGUGAUAGUCAGAUCCAGUUCAGCUCCAACCCUUAAAAUGCAAAGCAUUCCUUUCAUUCCUGCCCCUUAGUAAGAUCUUCUGAAAUUGGAUCCUGUGAGUUCUUUCUAGCUUAAUUUUCAUUAUUUUAAAAAAUAAACACAAGUCUACUGACAAAAGAUG